CGGUUCCAGAAUUCCCAGUGCUAAGUCCCAGUGCUUAAGUCCCCAUGUAACUUGGUAUUUGCAUACCAUCUAUGCACAUGGCCCUGUAUAUUGUUGUCUCUUUUAAAAACCCCAUGUAUAGAGCUGUCACGCUGUACUGUUGAGCACUGACGAGAGAAAAUGUCUGUGCAUACUCAGCACAGAAUCCCCACUCCCGCAGUUUGCUGCAUCCACUUGAGGCCCAGCAGACUGAUGAGCAGCAUCUGCCUGGCACUUUGCCUGCUCCUUCAGAAUACAGAGGAAAGACUACUGUCCUUUCCUCAGUUAGUAAAGGGGGACACAUUGAAGGAAACCAGCCUACAGCAACCAAAGUGCUGGAAGGGAUGGUGCUUAGCCAGAGGUGAAGAGGGUGAAGUCUGGUUUGUUACUCAUUGCAGCAGGGUGGUUCUUGGUGUGUUCACACCAUUUGGCCUGGACAGACAUCAGUGCACAGGUUAAGUCUGACCUGGUAUCUGUCAGACAGUAACCUACGUUAUGAACAAACAUCACCUAGAACCUGGUUUAAAUGUAGGUUCUGUGCCUUCCUCCUCCUGCCUGAUCAGCCCAUGAAGUGCCCAGCCCCCUGAUGUGAGACACCCUCUUUGAUGAUGCAUCACAGACCAUAAGAGCACCCCCAUAGUGGAAGGACCUGGCAUCAAAUCUAGGGCUUUACACCUUUCUGAUCUGAGCUGAAUUUUACCUUCAUACCUAGCGGAUAUAUCUAUCUCCACUAACGUCUCCUGAAGAACUAUGGAAGGCAGCUUAUGUUGCUGACUAAAUGGUAACAGAUGUCCUCUCAUCUAUACUUGGGAAGAAAUAGCAAAGCUGACGAACUCCCUUACUGUCCACCCUGACUUAGGCCACCUGCUGUCUUCCUUUCAUUGGUCUCAGUCCAGUUCAGUUUCCCAUUUUCUCUGCACCUCAAAGUUUUCAAACUGUGGCCCUAAUAUCAAAACUGUAGUCCUUUGCUAUCUAACAGCCUACUAAUAAUACAUGAUAGUCCCUCAGCUGCUGCAACAUUUUAGUUAACAAGCUCCUGCCAGACUGCCUCUUACUGGUUUCCUGGGCUACACAAAACCUGCCUUAAAGAGAUUGGUUUUCAUGAUGCACUCAAGAUUGAAAGCCAGCCAGAAAGUUGGAAAGCUUGACUGUGUACCUGUGUCAUUAGGGUAUCCCGGUAACAUAAGACUUGGUCAUUGGGCCUGGGGGGUUGGAAAUACUGCCUUCCUAGCUGACUUGGGAUCUUGCAGGGCCACUCUGGAAGCAAGUAGACCUUUGAUCCUGCCUGGAAAUUUGCUUAAAGAGAGUUCAGGUGCAUCUCUUAACUUUGCUGUACUUUUCCAGACCCAUCACCCUUCUUUCUCUCUGCCUGUAACCGAACCAAAGCCAACCAAAGCUGAAGCUGCCUGCUCCCCUGAUCUUCCUCUCCUGUGGGUCCUUCCUAGCUGGUGAUGUCACCCCGGCUUUUUUUUUUUUUUUUCUUGUUUGAUUUGGUUUGGGUUUUUCAUUUGAGACACUCAUGAAGCCCAAGCAGGUCCAAAAUUUGCUUUCUAGCCAAAUACAUUCUUGAUUUCCUGCUUUUCCUUUCUCUACUUCCUGAUUGCCACCCUGUGCUCUGGGGAUUGGUUGGACUUCAUGGAUCCUAGGCAGGUACCAACUGAACUACAUCCCAGCCCUCCUUUGGUUUAGUUUUUGGUUUUGAGACAGUGCCACUCUGUAGUGAGGGCUGGCUUCGGGCUUAUGACAAUUUAUGUAGUCCCACCAUUUGAAGGCUGAGGUUUCAAGUCCUGGAAUUACAGGUGGAUGCCACUAAUAUUCACUGAAUUCUCUCUUUAAUUUGUUGGUUUUUCUUUUAUGUGUUCGGGUGUUUGACUUUGUAUGCUCCAUGUUCUUGCUUAGAGCCCACAGAAGUCAUCAACAAGUUAACGCAUAAUUGUAAACUGCCAAUUCAGUUCUUGAAACUGAAGUCCAGUUCUUUGCAAGAACAACAAUAAUAUUUACCUGCAAAAAGUAUAUGGAGCCUGGUGUGUAGCUUGAUAGUGGAGUGCAUGCCUGCUAUCCCAGCACUCUGGAGGCUGAGACACUGGGAUUUUGAGUUUGAGACCAGCAUGGUCUACAUGGUAGGUUUCCAGGCCAGCCAGACUGCAAAGUGAGACCUCAUCUCAGAAAACCAAAGGUGUGUGCAACCGAGAAGCAGAAAUGAUUGAUCAAAGCACUCGUGAGAUACACAUAACCUCCCUGUACGUAACACCCCCCAGCCACACCUGUCAGGCCAGAGCACUUGGAUCCCAUGCUGACCCUCUCCUCACACUUGCCAUCUAUCCCAGUGUGUUCAGCUAGCUGACAGGGCUGUUGCAUCUUCACAGAAAUGGCUGCUCAGGUUCUACAGAAGAUAUACAUUGUAGUCUUUACCACUUGUCCGUCCAUUCUUCUGACAGCUGAAUGGUAGGGAGCCCCCCAUUACCCUGCACUGUGACUGUAUGUGUCCUAGUACUUCUCAUGUGGGUUUCUAAUACCCAAGCAAGCUUUGGCACGGUGUGUGAACUCUGUAAAGAGCAGUGUGGCAAGGGCUGGAGGAGGACAGUGCCUGCCGGCUCCUCUGCCCCUGUGAAAGAGCUGCAGCAGGAACAAGGAGGGAGGGACUAAACUCUGAUAAAACCCAAGGACAAAACAGCUCCUGCAGACAGCAUUGUACACCAGCUUCUGCCCACAAGUCACUGGAAACCAGCCUCUGUCCUUUAUUUCAGAGAAGGCAGAAAGACGGCCCUUCCUGAAAUCUGCAGCUGCCUGUGAGGGCCCCACAGCCUGCGUCCUGGGAGCUGCCGUGGAUGAUCGCCUGCAGGAUGUCCAGCCAGGACCUGAGCAUCUCCGCAAAACUCAUCAAUGGAGGUAUAGCAGGUCUUGUGGGGGUGACCUGCGUGUUUCCCAUUGACCUUGCCAAGACCCGACUACAGAACCAGCAGGGGAAAGAUGUGUACAGAGGAAUGACAGAUUGCCUGAUGAAGACUGCACGUGCUGAGGGCUUCCUGGGCAUGUACCGAGGGGCUGCAGUAAACCUCACCCUGGUCACUCCAGAGAAGGCAAUCAAGCUGGCAGCCAAUGACUUCUUGCGGCAGCUGCUCAUGCAAGAUGGGACGCAGCGGAACCUGAAGAUGGAGAUGCUGGCCGGGUGUGGGGCUGGAAUAUGCCAGGUGGUGAUUACCUGUCCCAUGGAAAUGCUCAAGAUUCAGCUGCAGGAUGCUGGCCGCUUAGCUGUCUGUCAUCAGGCUUCUGCCUCAGCCACACCCACCUCCCGGCCCUACAGCACUGGCUCGACUUCCACCCACAGGCGCCCAUCGGCCACCCUCAUUGCCCGGGAGCUGCUCCGCACUCAGGGCCUCUCUGGUCUCUACAGGGGCCUGGGUGCCACGCUCCUCAGGGACAUUCCCUUCUCCAUCAUCUACUUCCCUUUGUUUGCAAACCUGAACCAACUCGGAGUCAGCGAGCUCACCGGCAAGGCCUCCUUCACACACUCCUUUGUAGCAGGCUGCACAGCAGGUUCUGUGGCAGCGGUAGCCGUCACCCCUCUGGAUGUUCUGAAGACUCGAAUUCAGACCCUCAAGAAAGGCCUGGGUGAGGACACCUACAGCGGAGUCACUGACUGUGCCAGGAAGCUCUGGACACAGGAGGGGCCAGCAGCCUUCAUGAAAGGAGCAGGCUGCCGUGCCCUGGUCAUAGCCCCCCUCUUUGGGAUCGCCCAGGGCGUCUACUUCAUUGGCAUCGGAGAGCGCAUCUUGAAGUGCUUUGAGUAAUCUAUGUGUCACUUCUUGCUGUCACCUCUGGCCCUAGGGAACUAGGUGGCACUGCUGGAAGUAUAAGAUGCUGGCUCUGACGUACGUGGUCUCUAACCUGUAGUGCUACCUCAGAAGAAAUGACCCAUUUUACUAAGCGAGUAGAGCCUUCAUCUCCUUUAUGAAAACUAAACUUUCUGAACCAGAGAUGUUCGGAAGCCCCAACCUCUUAUGUACUAUGGCAGGACCGUGUGCAGUAAGACAGAAGGGCUCUUCCACACUAACAUCCCCACUGCAGGCAAGUGUGGCACAGAAUCGUCCUGUGAGGGUUUAGCGUCAAUCCUAACCUUGCCGCCCUAACAGAUCAGAAGUGCACCUGUGCCCUCGCGGGCAUCAGCAAUAGUCUGAGAGCCUGAAUGAACAUUCUGGCCACCUCAGCAGCGGUCCUGCCCCAGAUACUCACCCUGAAGUAUGGGCCCAGAUCCCUUCCAAUAGAUGCUUGUGGGACAUGAUCUGAAAUAAAGCUGGUUAAAUCCUUGUCCUGUAA